CUUAUGAUUCUCAAUCCAGAAAAUUUAGUUGAAAGUACUAUUCACUUACAUUCUAGUAUGCAAAGAUAAGUUGAUUUAAAUUAUGGACAUAAAUGAAAAGAAUUUGUGGGAAUUACUAGUCAAUAAGAAUGGUUACACUGUUCAUGUUAUGAAAAACCCAGAAAAUGGAGCCAAAAUCAAUAGAUCUUAGGCUUUCAUUAAUAAAUAACCAGAGUUUAUAGCUUAAUACGUUUCCGAUUUAGAAAAAAGAAAAUAAACAGAUGCAAGAAUAGAAUAUGCUAGUGUGCUUGAAGAAAUCGAUAAGGAUUCCAAGCUAUUAUAUAUCAGAAUGAAACCACCUAUUCCUUUCAUGAGUAGUAGAGAUUUGGUGUUGUACUAAAAAAUAUAUAGAUUCGAAAAUGGAAUGAUAAUUGUAUGCUGUAAUUAUUCUAUAUUUAUUGCAUUUAGAAAGAUCUGUCGUUCAUUAGAAAUAGCCUCCUAUUCAUAAUGUGGAAAGGGCAGAAAUGUAUUUGUUUGGAUGGAUUCUUACUCCUCAACAGAAUGGAUCCACAAAAGUUGUCCUCAUCCAGUGUUUUGAUAUGAAGGGAUAAAUGCCCUAACAAAUAGGAAAUCAAUUUACCUAACAACAAACAGAUCUAAUGUUGGCUGUUAUUCAGAAUUUAUCAAUAUGAUGAAAUCACAGUCAAGAUAUUAAUUUAUUAAUCAUUAUUUUAAUUGGAG